AGAUCAGAGGAGGAAAAAGCAGCUGGAGUUCAUAACUUGUGCCAGAGAACAGAGGCUGUGGUCUGUGUAAUGGGUUGUUCCACCAGCUCUCAGACCCAAGUCCAGGACGCUAACAAACCAAGUCCCAAAUCAGAGGAAAGUAAUGGCGCUCACAACUGCGCAGCCCCUGAUAUAAAUGGACCUGUGGGCGAAAAUGAAUCAAUGCCAGACCAGUCCGUAUUACUACUGAACCCCAAACAGUCUGUCUUGAUUCCUGGCGAGGUGGUCACCAAUGAGCCAAGCCCAUCAGAAGACAGCCAGGGGGUUACCAAGGACUCCGUCACAUCUCUUCCUGCUGGGGUGAUACCUGUGGAACCAGUGACUCCUGUGGCAUCACUGGAGGAGGAUGCCUCUCCAGGCACAGAGGACAUCAUAGAGAUACAAACCUCCGAGUCAGAGCAAUUCACUGAAGGUGAGACAGGAGAAAAGGUGGAAAGUGAGACAACUGUUGAAGCAGUGGCUGAGCAGCCAGAAACAAAAGACGAGGAAACAGAAGACCCCGUGGCCUUUGCGGUGACAGAGAUAGAAAGCAAAGAAGAUUGAACCGAACGUGGACCGAUCCGAUCUUGGAAGAGUUCUCCUGUUCUUCCCCCUCCCUCUCCCAAUCUCCCUGAAUCCGAGAUGUAUAUCCCCUCACUUGGAUCGGUUUAGUUGCUUUUAUGCUGCACAUUUCACUGCCCCCGAAUCUCGCCCCCCCCACACAAAUUUGUUGAAUGCGCAGAAACUCUAAGGAAGCAGAGACUGCAAGACGGAGAAUCCACUCUUCUCAUGAGAACUCCUCUUGGUGUUUCCAACACACCUUCCAAUGGCCAAGACAUUCCUGCAACAACAACUUGCAUUUAUAUAGCAUCUCGGAGCUAUUCAGGCAGACAGCUUCAGUUUUCCUGUGCCACUGUAUCCGGUGCUGUCACUGUGUGCGAACGAGAGUAACUUCUAGAAGUUUCUUUUCUACUACGUAUUCACUGUUUUCUUACGCCUUAGAAAAACCUUAACACUCGGAAAGUGCCUUUUUCUAUGUAGUCGCAAACUCGGAACUGUAGCCUUGUGAACAGGAGAAUUACUUUCCGAAGAAAAACAAACCCGCAAACUGUAAUGGUUAUUUUUCAGUGAGAUAAUGCAUAUCAAACCACACCAUAUAAAGAGAAAUAGGGGAGCAUAGGAAAUGCUGAAAUUUACUUGGGAAGUGUAACAAAAAUCUAUUGUUUGGAGUCCUGUAGCAUAUUGGUUAGAACACUCGCCUCGCAAGC